AUGGAUAUUCAUAAAAGAUUCAUGGAAUGGGCGAUUGAGAGGGGGGUGAAGAUCAAUGGCAUCAGACCUCACAGGUUUGAAGGGAGGGGAUUGGGAAUUAUUGCAGCGAGGGACUUGAAGGCAGGAGAAACCCUCCUAACAGUCCCCAUCUCCGCUCUCCGCACCGCCUACACAGUUCCCAAAUCCCUCACCCGGUCCCUCCCCAAGAUCAGCACAAUCCACAACCUUCUGGCCACUGACCUCCUCCUCGACACGUCUUCCACACGAGGUCCCUGGCACGCCGUCCUCCCCUCGCCCCUCGACUUCAAAACCUCAAUGCCGCUCCUCUGGCAUCCAACCCUGCAAUCUCUCCUCCCCAGCACCGCUCACAACCUUCUCCUCAACCAAAAGCGAAAGCUAAAGCUCGAUUGGGCGGCUGUUUCCAGUGCAUUCCCAGACAUCAAGUACGAGGACUAUGUGUAUCGCUGGCUAAUAAUCAACACCCGAACUUUCUACUUCCUGUCUCCUCUCCCUGCACACCGAAACCUACAUCCUUCAAAUAGAGAUGACUGCAUGGCACAAUCCCCAUUCGCGGAUUACUUCAACCACACUUCUUCCCCGUCCGCUUGCUCUGCAUCAUUUUCUUCCUCCGGCUAUAGCAUCAUGACGCCAGCCAGAAUUAAGAAAGGAGAAGAGGUUUAUAUCAGUUACGGGAAUCAUUCCAAUGAUUUCCUUCUCACGGAGUAUGGGUUUAUUCUCAGUGGGGUGGGGGGAGGGAAUCAAUGGGACGAAGCUCCGCUUGAUGCACAUAUUCUGCCUCGCUUCUCCGCGAAGCAAAAGGAGCAGUUAGAAGAACGAGGGUUCUUGGGGAAGUACCUCUUAGACAAGAAAGAAGUGUGUUACCGCACUCAAGUCGCGUUACGAAUUCUCGUUCUGCCGAUCAGGAAGUGGGAGCGUUUUGUCGAUGGGUUGGAGGAUGGGGAGAAGGAGCAGGGGGCUGUGGAUAAGUUUUUGGGGAAGGUUUUGCGAGAUUUUGAGCAAGAGGUGAAGGAAAAGAUCAAAGAGAUGGAUAGUCUUGCGGAGGAUGUGGGAAUGGAGUGUCAAAGAGACAUGUUGAGGAGGAGGUGGUUGCAGAUUGAAGGAUUGAUUCAAGCUGCUAUUGGUAGGAUACAAAACUGA